UUUAAUAUGUUUAAACAUCUUUAUUCAUAUUUUCAAAAUGACAUUAAAUAAAUCAUAGACAACACCUGGUUUAGUCGGGAAUCCAUCUAUACUUGAACCCACUUUACCACUUGGUGUCUGUGACACUCCCGAUGACAGACAAGCAUACCAAUUAAAGCCACGUGAUAGGAGGAGAGCUAGAGAGUUAUGAGAAGAGAGAUUUCCACUCUAGUCAUCACUGUUCAUUUGGGCGUCUGUCAGAGUUAGGCUCAGCUAGCUAAAGGUUCAAACACAAAUAAUAAGAAGAGUUAAGAUGCGAAUCGGAGUCAUCUCAGUGGCUGCCUGGUUUCUAACUCUUCUCUGCUCCUGCCACGGGUUUCAGGUGAUGCAGCCUGUGAAACGGACACUUAACCCCGACAGGACUGUCUCCAUCACCUGUAGCCACACAGACCCAGUUGAGCUCUUUGUCAUUGACGCCAGGCUAAACAGACUCGAUAACUCUGAUGUUACCAUGGUUUGUCAGGUGAAUAACAGUCAGAUAGUUGACUGCAACUACAUGAAGGUGACGUGGAACCAGUACAAGUUCACGUUACACAACUUAAAGACCGAGGACAUCAGUUGUCUGUUCCAGUGUGAGUUCUCAUUGACAUCUGCUUUGACCAUGAAACCCAUCACAACUGUAAAGGGGAACCCCUCCACCAAACUGCUGCCAGGACUAGCAGGAGAUGCUCCUGUCCCCGUGUGUCCUUCACCUCUACCCGAGUCUCCUGAGGCUGAGCUGAUUGACCGACUGAAGUGGAUUGUGAUUGGCCUGUCUGUGUUCCUCUGCUUCUACAGCUUCACCGUCACCUUCUUCUAUAUCAGGCUGAGGGUCCUUCGAUCUGAGGAGCUGUAUGAUUCGCUGACAUACGUCCCCAUGCAGCCUAAUCAGACCCGACCUACGACGGGAAGAGGGAACAUUAAUUCAACCUACAUGGAUAUGAGGAAGGUACCAGUUGGAGUGAGAGGCUCACGAUCCAUCAACCACAAUUCCCAACUCAAUUGUUGACCAAGUAAAGAGACCUUCAACGGAUCAGAUCAAUCACAUCGGAUUCAGAACUUUUUGAAGCCUAAUGUAUGAAAGAGCUGAUAACACUUAAAAGGCCCAUUGUUUUAUUAGUUAUAAGAAUGUAUAGGAGGCUUUCUAAAGUCCCAUCCCGCUGGGCACAGACGUCAGCUCGACGUUCAGUUUGUAUAGGAGGCUUUCUAAAGUCCCAUCCCGCUGGGCACAGACGUCAGCUCAACGUUCAGUUUUGUUUCACAUUUUGGUUGUUGUAAACUUAAACGUGAAUUCAAAGUGAACUCAUUUUUUUUAAAUGGGUGAAAACAAUUAUUUCUUUACGUUGAUGACAUUUUGCACGUUGAUUCUGCAUCAUCACACCGAGAGAGAAAAAAAGUUUUGAAAUGAUGUGAAUACAACGUUACGUUUUUUGCCAAGUGCGAUGCUGCUUACUAGUCUAGAAUGUGUAUAAUAUAUAUAGAUAUAAGUGCCUAAGUAAGGCUUUCCCGACUCGUCACAAUGAUUGUAGAAACUAGAAAAAGUGCUGCUUGUUAUAUUCAAAUGGAAUUUUAAUAAACUCAUGAUGUCUA